AUGUACCUGGAAUCCGAUGGAGCGGUCAGCCGGGUACAAGAAACAGGCGGCUUGAAACAGGUUUUCCGCAGCAAGGGCAAUGCAAUCUGCGUCUUUCUGUUGCUGUGCUUCACUGCUUUCAUUGGUCGCAUUGGCUGGGAGUGGGCGAUAAUGACGGCAGAACUUGAGCCAGCUCAGAUGGCGGCCGAAAUGUUACCACUGCCGGCUGGGGAGACAAGGGUGCCAGAGGCCAGGCCGACGUCGUUUCCAGAGGCAUGUAACGUGCUCCUGGCACAGGCCUCUCAGUCGGCUGGAGCGCCUUCUGGCCAACAAGACGAAACGUCGGUUGUUUGGGUUGGCGGCGCUGAAGGAUACACCAAUCAAAUUCUGUCCAUGCUGGACGUGUACAGGAGCAUUCAGCCCAGGACGCUGGUCAUGGCUCCCAUGCGAACUGAGCACGGCUAUCCCGGCGUCGACCCCCCGCAGUGUCUGAGCGACGUGCUGGAACUCGAGAACGCGGUGUGCCUUCAUCCGAGCAAGAGCACGCCCGAGGAUGACCGCGAUGAAGUCGUGAAGAGCAGGAACUGCAGCUUCGACGCAAGAGAGACGGGCGCCUUGAAAGGGGAAAAGACCUUAGGUGACCACUACUUGUACUGGCGCCUGCGCUACCUGGAGUCAUGGCAUCGGCUGCCGAAGGUUGCAUUCAGCAGCUCCUCGCCGAAGUUCAACUGCAUCUUUUCGCGCUCCUGGAGCAGCGCGAGUUGGGACCUCUGGCCGUCCCGGCUGAAAAUCAAGGCAGCGUAUGUGGAGCUCUUUCAGCGGAUGAGAGAGAGCUACUUCGGCAGUGCACCCUACUUGGCCGUUCACUGGCGUCGCGGGGACCAACUCGUCACAAAAUGCCGGGUGAAGGUUGACACGUCGGCCAACUGUGGUUCGGCUGCCGACCUGCGCAGCUUCAUCAACAAGAAGCUGGGCGGCAGGCCUUGGCAAGUUUAUGUGGCAACCAACGAGCAGGACAAUGCAACUCUUGCACAGCUGCGGGAGUUCGGCUACCGGCUUCAAAGCGACUCCGGCUGCGACUUUAAUUCCUUGGAGGCCUUCUUUGCUGAUGUCUUCCUUCUGGGAUGCGCCAGCGAGGUGCUCCUGCCAGGCUUUCAUUUCGACACCGGCAAGAGCUCGGUUCAGUACUUGAUCCAUCGGUUUCGACAGCACCACGUAAAUCGAAAUGAUGUGUGCGGCGAGUCGCUGAGGGUACUUGACGCCGUGAACUGUGGAAACUUCGUGGCGGAGUCAUGCGUGGAACAGCACGACAGGAAGCUGCAAUUCAUCCCGGAAAAUCGUCACCACUACCCAGCCGCCGCCGCCUCCCACCUUGAGGGGGCCAAGAAGACGGCACCCAUCCGCUUCCUCAACCCCGAGAAGGUGGACAUCAACUUCGUCCUGGGCGGCCGCAACCUCACGGAUGCGCCACUGAUCUGGCACUUCGCGGGCCCGCUGAAGAACAACUUCGACGAACGUGGUGAUUCCUUCAUGGAUGUGAUGCUGAAGAAGCUCUGGAACCUGGAUCCGGAAUGGAGGCCCGAGCCGGCAGCUGUGGCGAACUGCUCCGCCUGGGAGGCUGCGGCGAUGACUCCCGGGAACUGCUCCCCGGGUACAGAGGUGGUGGAUUGCCGCAGUGGGUGGCUCGCUGUCUGCUGA